AUGACUGGAGUAAAAUCAGAAAGGCGUCGUCAGAAGCCACUGAUGGAGAGGAAGCGCCGGGCUAGGAUCAACAGGAGUCUGGAACAACUCAAAGACGUCAUCGUCGACAACAACGGCGGCAUUCUGCCCCGACUUGACAAAGCUCGCAUCCUGGAGCUGACGGUGGAUUACCUGCAGGCCAAGACACGGAAUGGUCAGAUAAGUGCUGGCGAUGAACGUUUCAAGGCUGGUUACCUGAGAUGUGUGAACGAGGUGACGUCAUUCCUUCAUGACAAGGUCGAGGACACCAGACUGACGCAAAUCAUCCAGCAUCUCUUCACUCUCACUGCAAAUAUCAAGAGCAAGGUCAAGGCCACGAAGACACCAGCCUCAAGCGAUGCAACAUCAUCAACAACAGGUUCAGGGUCCAUGCUGGUGACUGAGGCCUCGACAACAAAAUCCACACACGCUAGUCCUUCACUGGCAUCAGAAGAAAGAACUUCAUCACGGUUGCCAAACCUGACGGUAAGCAGGGAAGUAGUAAGGGCUAGUCGUGGCGCCUGUAGCAGGGAGAGCGGAGAAGAAAAACGCCCAGCUCCAAGAACAAGACGAUAUGGAUCAGUAUGCUCGGCACAUUCCGCACAGUCCUCGACAGAUUCCGACAUCUCCGCAGACGACGAAGACGUCAUCAUGACCGACCGUCAAGGAUCAGACGCUCAUUUGCGGAAGAAGCUUGACGUGGGCCGUGACAUCAGCUACGUCAUGUCUGACUCUGACGACGACAUUUCUGUAGAGUCAGAAGUGUUCACCAUGGACUCUGAGGACGAGGCUUCCUCUGGUAACGAUGCUCCUGGUAAUAACGGUGACGUUGCUACGAACUCAAAGGACGCACAGCAAGGGGUCCUCGUGUGUGGUGACGCUGGAGACAGAGCGGAAGCGUCAAGGUCACCAGUUUGGCGCCCAUGGUGA